AUGGAAACAAGACGUCGCUCAGCACGGUUGCAAGGAGCUCAACAAAAACUUUCGAAGGAUGACGACUCUCCUAAAGAGAACCCGAAGAAAGUGACGUCUGCAGUUGCAAAAAAAAGGAAAUCUACACAAGUGACUGGGAAAUCGAUUUCCGAACCUCUCCAGACCAUCAAUAAGGUCGAAAAUGAAGGUGCUUCGCCCCCCAAACGUCCAAGAAAAGUCCAAGAACCGUCGUCAAGUCAAGCGGCACUAAAAGAACUGAUAGAAAUGAAACAUUUCGCAAACACUUCUGACUCGGAGGAAGAAAUCCCCGAAGGGAAAAAGAAUGUUAAACGUAAUAAGGCGACAGGUGACGCGAAAAACACCAAUUCUCACGAGUCGAAAUCUACAAAAAAGAGACUUGAGACAAGAUCUGAGGUACUUCAAUCUCCACAAGCAAAACCUUCUACGGCAAGGCCGCGGAGGAGAACUGCACAAGUAACCAAGAAAUACAUUGCGAAUGAUGGUUCGGAAGAAAGUGAUUUAUCAAGCGUUGAAAGCGUAAGCUGUAGCUCGUUUGAGGAAACAUCAAUUAAGCUCAAAAACAAAGGAAUGAAGCAAGUUUCAACUAAACCGUCCAGUAGCUCUUCUGAUAGCCUUCCUGACAGUAACAUCAGUGAUGAAGAAGUUGAGGCAAAGAGGAAGGGCAAAAACAAGAAAACGACGGUCAGAAGGCGUGCGGCACUUAUUGAUUACCGUGCAGAGGAUGACGGUGAUACAAAAGAUGAUGAUGGAGAAACAAAGAAGCAGCGUCCUGAAAGGUGCUUCAUGUCUAAGAGAUGGAAAGCCUGGCACACAGAUCCAGAGCACAAACCUUCGGGAGACAUUGCUGAAGAACCGGCUGUUCGUAAUGCGGGGGAAAACACCAUUGUUGCUGGAGAUAGAAACGAUUCAAAGGAACAACCAAAAUGGGUUACCGAUUGUUUAAGCAUUGCUGCUUCCUUGGCUAGACAUCGCACUGAAGAGGUUACUUUGGAUGAAACAGCUCAUAUAAUGUAUAUUUUGAAGAUGAGAGAAAAAGAACAAACUUUGGGCGAGAUUGCUUCGGACAUUCAAAGCAACAAAGGAGAUUUUCUAAAGAAAGGAACUAUAGCGGAUUAUCACUCUUCAAGUGAAGACGAGUGGGAAGAAAUGGAAGCUGUCGAAGAAAAGCCGGAGACAUCCACAAACAAAAAGCUUGAAAUCACCCUCGACAAGAAAAAGGUUGAAAUCGAUUGGUCAGUCAAAUGGCUCCGUCAGGAGAUUAACAAAUGUGUCAGGGCCAAAUAUGAGAAUGCCCACAAGCUUCACAUUCUUUUCUGGAUUAGCUACUUGCAUCGUUACGUAAAGCGAGCGCUUGAUGAAAAUCUUGCGACAUCAUUGGCACUUUCUCAAAUACCAUCUGGAUACGCCAAACUUGUUGAUAAUUCUAAGCCGCCGAUGGAGAGCCUCAAAAAGUUUGCCAAAUGGAUUCAUUCUGCUUUCAAGCAGGAUUCAAACUUCACGGCUUCCAUGGAAGAGUGGGGUUGCCGCUUUCAAGAAACAGCAGAUUCCGCUACUUCAAUCAGAGAGAAAUCUUUUGCUAAUGAUAUACAGCGAGCGAUUGCUUAUCUUGUUUGUUUUCGAGCUCUAAAUUUAUCAGUUCGUCUUGUUGCCAACUGUCAAGUAUUAGCUCGCAAGAAGGAAGUGGACGAAAAUGUGCCCAAGAAAGGCACAAAAAUAAAAGGAAAGAACGCAAAAAGCAAAAGAGUAUUGGCAUCGCCGAAGGUCGACGACGAGCUUGCUUUAGACUCGAAGAGGAAUUUUUGGAUUGAAUGGUGGUCUAUCGAAGAAAAACGUUGGAUUUGUAUCGAUCCGUUGACGGGUGAAGCCGACAUUGCAAAUGAGUUUGAGCCUAAUUUGACAUCACCGGCUGUUUAUAUUUUCGCUUGUGAUCAGAAAGGUUGUAUGCGUGAUGUUGGAGCACGUUAUCUUUCGACGUUUGGUACACCAAUCUAUCGCCGACAACGUGCAGAACAGUCUUGGCUCAAUAAAGUUUUCAAUAGCAAGAUUAUUCUUGCGGAUAAAUCUCAGGCGCAGUUAGAAAAUAUGUGUUUCCAAAAUGAUCUCGCUUCUCGACCAUUGCCAAAAACAGUAGCAGAUUACAAAGACCAUCCAUUGUACGUUCUUGAAAAGGAUCUUCUGAAAUUUCAAGGGAUGUAUCCUCCACCUUCAAAACAAAAGCCGAUUGGUGAAAUACGUGGCCAGAAAAUUUAUCCACGAUCGACAGUCUAUCACCUUCAAGGAGACUUAAAUUGGGUCAAGAUAGCAAGAUCAGUAAAGGAAAAUGAGAAACCAUAUAAAGUUGUCAAAGCUCGUCCAAAUAUGCGUGUGCCUGCAGAGAAGAGAGGCGAGCCAAAAGAUCUACCACUUUAUGGCUUUUGGCAGACUGAACCGUAUCGAGUCCCAAUUGUAACUAAUGGUGUCAUUCCACGAAAUCAAUACGGUAAUAUUUAUGUAUACCAGGACUCAAUGGUACCUAAAGAAUGUGUUCAUUUGAAAUUGCCAGGAAUUGUGGGCUUGUGCAGGCGUUUAAACAAGGAACAUGUGGCUGCUGUUGUUGGUUGGGAUUUUCAUGUUUCUGCAAAUCAUCCUGUGAUCGAAGGAGCUGUUGUAUUGGAAAGAGACGUUGAAGAAUUAAUUGCCGAAUGGGAGGCGGCCGAAAAUCGACGCAAGGAGCGAGAAAGAAAACGUCGAGAGGGGAAAGUCUUAUCCAAUUGGCGUAUCCUGAUUAAAGGCAUACUUCGACUGCAUCAUAUGCGUUAUAUUUUUGGCGAAAAACCUCAAACUGUUGAGAAAGCUAAAGAAGGCGAAGAGGAUCAACUGCCAGACGAGAAAGUUGAAGCCGAGGCUCAAGCUGCUUGGCCGGCUCCAAAAUUCGCAUUGGAACGAAUGGAGAAGAAG